AUGAUGACCGAUGCGGCAAAGGGAAUAUCAUAUUUGCAUAAAAAUGGGAUAUUACACAGAGAUAUCAAACCAGACAACAUUCUUGUGUUAUCUUCAGAUUUAAAUGAUAAAAUCAUUGCUAAGUUGACUGACUUUGGAAGUGCGAGAAAUGUGAAUAUGAUGAUGACCAACAUGACAUUCACAAAAGGUAUUGGAACUCCAAUAUAUAUGGCGCUGGAAAUACUGAACAAAGAGAAAUACAAGAAACCAGCUGAUGUCUAUUCGUUUGGUGUUUCUUUGUUUGAAUGUGUGACAUGGAAAGAACCAUAUCCCAAAAUACGAUUUAAGUUUGCUUGGGACAUUGUCGAUUUUGUUGUGAGUGGAAAACGCCUGAAAGAACAAUUUCAUAUGAAAAAAGACAUAUAUGACAUCGUGAACGAUAUGUGGUGUCAAGAUGUCUACAAAAGACUCGGAAUCAAUGAUGUUGUCACUAAACUUGAAAGCAUUAAUUAUUAA